AGAGAUGGAGAGAAGACAGGCAAAUAGUGCGUGAGGAGUCAAAUAAACAAGAGCAGUGGGUGUAAAAAAAGCAAGCAUCAGAAGAAAGAGUUGUUUCAUUGACUGGUCAGCGGACUCACCAGGGGGAUUAUGUCCAAACCUUCGACCAACGUUAAGGCCCUUCAGGCUAAUUUGAACAUCCCGAUGGGAGCUCUGCGUCCAGGGGCGGGACAUCCUGUCAAGAGGAGAGAGGACACAGUAGAAACAGAAGAGGAUCCUUCACCUCCAAGCGCUGCAGCCCAGUCACCAGAGGAGAAGAAAUUGCCAGGAGCAGUGAAGCUACCUGGGCCUGCUGUUAACCUUUCAGAGAUACAAAACGCCAAGAGUGAACUACGAUGGGUCACCAAGGAGUAACAUGAUUCUCCAGCCAGGCGGAGAGGAAAGCAGAUAAUCUUCAUAGACACAGACUUGCCCACUGACUCUGAAGAAUGGCAAAAUACAACCCCAAUCCCAACAUGUUUGGAGAUACUAAUGCCUCAGUUUUUAUAAACUCUCCUCCAAUCAGUAGUUUAACAGAAAUAUUUAUUUAUCUUUCCAAUUAAAUCAUAAUUUAUACAACAAUUUCAAAUAUUCUUGACAGUCUUGCUUCAGAUAAUAUAUCGUUUACCUGGACUUUUAGAAGUGAGUGACUUGUGUUACAAUUACAACAUACUGUUUAGCAUGUUAUCUGCUUUUCUGUUAAGUAGAUGGUUAAAAAGGACAUUUUAUUGACAAUGAAUAUAAAUUCGAGGAAUCCAUCUCAGCAACAAAUAAACUCUGUGGUGACACUUCAGCUGUUCACCACUGAUUUAUAUUGAUACUUUAUAUUGAUACAAUAAUAAAUGUUUCCUUUGCUAAUGUUGUAUGUGGGGUUUAAGGUCAGCUGUACUGCUUUUGGGGGGAAAUAAUCAUACGUUUGUUGUUUAUUGUGAUGUUUCCAAAAAUGUCUUGAAAAAACACUGCAAUAAAUCAAAAAGGUUCUAAAAAUCCUGUCCAAACUCGGUUUAUCACUUAUGCCUCCAUCUGUUAUAGCAAAAGACAACAGGAGUGCAAGUGUCUUAAUAUUACUGAUAGAUGCUGACGCUACAGUAUUGUUUGUAAUGUUAACCGACUGUGUAAUAAGAAAUUAGAUUUCUAAAGACCUACAGCUGGAUAAAUGAAAAAAAAAGGGUAAUUUUAGCCCAUUGCUGAGUGGGUUUAGGCCAAUAUGUCAUGUCCUAAUACAGAUUUUGAGAGUAUAAAUGUAAUGUUACUGUUAAAAUGGUGAGGUGCAACCAUGUAUCAUACACAACUAAAGUUUUAUGGGUAUAAAUUUAAUGUUACUGUGAUGAAAUAAAAAAAUUAUGACACUUU